AUGUCGCCGCUGGAUACCUGCUCCCACGCGACCCUGGCACACGUCCCGCGCUGCAGCAGCGUGUCGCUGUACUCGAACUGCACAUACCCCGGCGUCGUCGGCCGGAUCGGCGUCACGUGCACUGCCCGGUACCGCCGCCCAUAUAUCGCCAGCGCCCGCGCCCGCUGCCGCUCCAGCUCUGCCGCUGCCCACUGCUUGACCGCCGUGCUGAUAAACCCGAGCCGCGGCGCCACUGCCUCGCGGCUCUGCUGCCGGAACCGCUGCUGCUCCGUCUCCACCCGUCCCCGCAACCGGCUCAGCUCCUGCAUCUCCUUGUGUGUCAGCGUCUCGCCUGCCUUCGCCCGAUGCGUCUGCUUCAAGUACCACACAUGCUCGGCCACCGUCAGCUGCGAGAACGGCCCGCUGUAUUCUCGAGGAAGCAGCGCCGCCAGCUCCUUGGCCGUCUUGCCACUGUCCCCUACUGCCGGUUGCUGCUGCUGCUGCUGCUGCUCUGGAGCGACUGCUGGCGCUGUGCCCUCGAUCGCCUGCAUCGCCACCAGCAGGUCAUUCGGCACCUCCCCCGGCUUCUCAUUGCUUGCCUCCACCGCCGCUGCCUCGCCCACAUGUGCCAACGGCGAUGCCUGGCGCAUCCGGCUCACCAUUGCCUCGGUGCCUGUCUUUGCCAACCCCGGCGACUUCAUUGCCCCCAGCAGAGCCCCUACAACAUCAUCUCCCUCACUAGCCACUGCCCGUGUCUUUGCUGCUCCCUGCACGUCCUCGGAUCCUGUGCUAUUCCCUCCCGCCGCCUCCUUUGGGACCUCACUUCCUGCACCUGCCGCCCCAUGCGACCGCAGAGACGACGGCUUCUGGUGGUGGUGGACUGCCGAUACCGCUGGCGCAACUGCCGUCGGCCCUGCUUC